GGGAAUCGCCAGUCCCGUAUUGCACUUCUGUUAGGUAAAAGCCGGCGCCAAAAAAACACCGAUUCCACAAGUUUGUUUUUCCUUUUUUUUUUUUCGAGAAGCUCCCGCAGCAGACGAUCAAGACCUAGUAAAUUGGUGAGGACUGGUUUUGUCUACAGAUAUCCUCUAUUCUAGAGUAAUAUUGUCAUUAUCCAUGGAAUGCCCGUCCACCUAAUUAUCAGCAAAAUGGCCUAGAACGUAUACAUCCACACACAGACGUGUGCACAAAAGAGAAAUGACGGAUGCAGGCCAGUAAAUGUAGCUACAUAGUGAAUCGAACAAAUAAACUUUAUAAUGGAUUAAUAGUAAUACGUAUACAUGUAUUUGUACUGUGCUCCAACACAACAUUGUCUCUUCCAAUCAUGCAAUUAAAUGUUUCCAAGGCCUAUAUUACAAACACAUCUUGGUCAAAUUUAAAGACAUCGAGUGAUAAGCAUAUCAAUUGUAUUAUUGGUAUAAAAAUCUUGAUAUAAACUGGCUCCCAUAAGUAACACAUGUAAAGAUCAGCUAAGUAGAACGAAACUUAAAGCCGUGUGGGUCACGUGGUUGUUCGGUAUCCGAAGUUUUGACGUAACUUAAUACGUCAUUAGAUUGCCUCGUUAUAAAAAUAGCAUGCGCACGAUAUGCAUUUUAAAAAAUGGAAACUUACUGUUUCUUCCUUUUUUGACCCAGUAACAGUUCAGAAUACUUUCAUCGAGUUUACGAUGUAUAUUUUAUUCUUUCAACUGCCUUUGCUCGUAACCAACCCAAGGUUUAUGCUCGCAGCUGCCUUUGAUCUAGGGCAUGCUGCAUCGAGAAGCAAUCAUCUUGCCAUGGGAGUUCACAGAAAGGAGUCGCGGAAGCAAGGCAUUGACGAUGUUCAGAUCAACAAGUCCCUCUCUACAAUCGCAGUCAACAUGACUGCGCAAAUGACAGAAACAGCACUGAGUCAUAAGGCUACUAAUGCAUCUGUACACCGGCGCCGGCGCAACGACUACGACGACAUCUACAAGUGGCAGGAGGAGGAGUACGAAGAAGACGAUGAGGAGGAGAUGAAAGAGUACCUCAUCUGGUGCAGUACGUUUCAAGAGAGCUGCAGUCCAUGCUGCCCGCAAGCACUAAAAGACGUCUUCAAGUCUUUCUACACUGAUCCCAUGUACGAGAAAGUGAGAGAACUUGGGGAAGCAUUUGGUGUGGAGAUCACAUUCACGACGUAUGAAAAAAUAAAGGAAAAUUAUGGAGCAGAGGGCCAAUAUGAUGAUUACACAAAUCCUCUUGGCCUGCCUUACAUGUGAUAAAAUGACUGUCCCAAGCAUAUCACGUGUCAUGGAGGUAGAUGGACAAUGUCACACGUGUAAUAAGUGGCAAAAGAAAUGCUCAAUUCAAACAAGUUGGCUUAAAAGAAUCCAACAAAAUUUGUCAAGCAUAGUCUAUUCUUGAUCCUUAAAUGGAUCCUAUAUAUUUUAAGCUAACCCUUGCAAGUAACUGAAAAAUAAGCCUUUUAGAGACACUGCAUUAAUUUUUCCCUUAUCUGUCAAUCUGAAUCACACUAAGUAGUUAAUACAUAUCAACUACAACGAAACACUUGAUGAAACAAUUUUAUUGUGUUUACAAAUUGCUUUGAGAAUGAACAAGUGAAUAAACAACACAUGGAACCCA